AUGAAGAUUACUGCUGGAAAACUCGAUGAUUCUGAGUACGAAAUCGUUAAAGGAGAGUCUGAGGCCGCUUUGGCAGCAGCAGCAGCAGCAGCCAGGAUCAGUCCUUGGAUUGAUUCUGCAACGUUGAAGCUUAGGCAUCGAAUUGGAAGAGGUCCCUUUGGUGAUGUUUGGCUAGCUACUCAUCAUCAGUCAACAAAGGACUAUGAAGUGGCCAUCAAAAUGUUUCAUCCCAUCACUAAAGAUCAGAGAAGAGUUGUGGUCGAUAAGUUUCAGGAUUUGGUUUCCAAGUCUCAAGGGAUGGAGAAUGUUUGUCUCCUCCGAGGAGUCUCUAGCAUUAAUGGAAGGAUAUGCCUGGUCAUGAAAUUCUAUGAGGGCUGUGUUGGUGACAAGAUGGCUCGGCUUAGAGGAGGAAAGCUUUCAUUGUCUGAUGUAUUGAGAUAUGGGGUUGAUCUAGUUAAAGGGAUCCUUGAGUUGCACGCAAAAGGGUUUCUGAUUAUUAAUCUCAAGCCCUCUAACUUUCUUCUCAGUGAUAACGACAAGGCCAUCCUCGGAGAUGUUGGAGUCCCUUAUCUACUUCAUAGUAUCCCUUUGACGAGUUCUGAGAUGAUAAUGAGACUUGGAACUCCAAACUAUAUGGCACCAGAACAGUGGCAACCUGAAGUUAGAGGUCCCAUGUCCUUUGAGACUGACUCUUGGGGGUUUGGAUGCAGCAUUGUUGAAAUGCUCACUGGUGUACAACCUUGGAGUGGCAAAUCCAUUGAUGAAAUACACGACUUAGUGGUCAGAAAGAGAGAAAAGCUUACUAUCCCUAGUGACAUACCGCCUCCUCUGGAGAAGCUACUUCAGGGUUGCUUUAUGUAUGAUCUUCGAAGCCGACCUUCUAUGACAGACAUCUUACACGUCUUGAAGAGCUUGCUGAACUUAGAGGAGGAAGAGUUCUGGAGAGGCAUUCAUAUUAGAGAGAUCAGGAAGAGCUCAGCUACUCUCGGUUAUACAGAAUGGUUUCUUUCAAAGGAUCCUCUACAAGUAGGCGACACGGUGCGUUCAAGAAAGCCUGCCAAUUCUUGUAAGCAUGAGAACAUGGAUGUACCAGAAGGAAAGGUGGUUGGUUUAGAACGUGACACUGAUCAGUCAGAUGGAUUUGCUCUAGUUAAAGUCCAUGGCGUUCAUGAUCCGUUAAGGGUUCAUGUAUCCGUUCUUGAAAGGGUAACUAACGACUUAGCUUGUGGAGAUUGGGUACGUCUGAAGUAUGUAGGAGUCAAUAAGUGUUCUCCAGUUGGUAUUGUCCAUUCAAUAGACCGUGAGGGUAAUGUAGCUGUUGGGUUUGUUGGGUUACCAACUCUAUGGAGAGGGACUUCAUCAGAGCUUCAGAUGGCUAAACGAUACAGUGUUGGUCAGUUUGUGAAGGUCAAAGACUCUGUUGUGAUCCCAAGAUUCAAAUGGAUACGUAAAGAUAGAGGAGUUUGGGCAACUGGUAGGAUCUCUCAUGUUUUACCAAACGGUUGUCUAGAGGUGGAGUUCCCUGGAGUGUUUCCUUUUGGACAGGAACAUGGAAGCUGUCUUGCUGAUCCAGUUGAAGUAGAGACUGUGGAUUUUAGUACUUGUGAAGGUGUUGUAAAGAAAUUUCAGCAUCUAGAGGACUUUCACUGGGCUGUGGGACCUUUACUGGUUGCCAUGGGUGUGUUGACAGCAAUGAAGUUAGGUGGGAGUGUUUUUGUUGUGAAGAAAGUGGGAGGAAGAUCAAAGGAUAGCAAACGGAGAGAUGGACAAUGUGAUUGUCAGAUUCUAAAUGGUCAGGACAGGGCCAAACCUGACCGUACGGUCUCUCGCAAAUCUAAAUUUAAAAUUUGGUUUAGGUUUAAUUAG